AUGUCGACUCAGGCCGAACCCACUCGAUCAGAGGCAUCAGAAGCCAAGCAGGAGCCUCCUUACUGGGCGGAAAGAGCUGGUGUAACACCCAUCAAAUCCGAGUAAGCUCGUCAUGUGACGGGAGAGUGCCCCACAGCGCUCGUGCUCGGAAAGCUUACAUACCUCACUUCCGGCUCAGAUACGUGCUUUGGGAAAAGAUCAAGAAUGGUCAAGGUGAUCGUAAACCCAACGAUGACGAUGCCGCAGAAGCUGGAACAGCCAGGCUAGGCAAGCAAGAUCGCUCUCGCCCCUCGACCUCCACCUCCUCGGACCAGGCUGCUGUCGCUGCCUCGGAGAAUGGCGAGGGACAGGACGGAACUGCCCCUGAACAUAAGAAGGCUCGAUUGUCGGGAGCGGAGAAGAAAAAGCUCGCCCUGGCCAAGCAACACGCACCUCCAGCCGAAGCAGAGGGACGAGAUGGGGACUCGGGGGCGAAGAGACAGUCGGGCCAGAACAAGGUAAGUCUUCCUGUGGGAAAUCAGCAUUUCUAAUCCCUCGAUCUUAAAUCAUUGUUGAAUGAUCUACGUCUUUCGUCUUUAUUUAGGGCCGCGUCUUCAACCAUUCUGCGGGGACCGGGGACAUUCGCUUGUGCAAUAACGUCGCACAGGGAUCCCCAUGCCGAAAACCUGAAGGUGCGUACACUCCGUAACUCGACAAGGGAUUGCGAGAGUACUCACUCCCUUUUUUUCUGCAGGUCAAUGCCGUUGGUCGCAUGACAUCUCGGCCUACAUGGCCCAGCGUAUUGCCGACAUUCGCUCCGCCUUACCGACCUCGGCAGAAGAUUUGUCCCCGGCGGACUCCGUUCAUCGCUGCCCCUCCUUUGACUCCUUGGGCAAGUGUACCGAUGGCUUCAAGUGUCGGUUCGGAUCAGCACACAUUCGUCAAGUCGAACCUGGGGCUGGGUUCCAAGGGUCCGAAUGGGAACUCGUCCAGGACGUGGACAAGAUCCGUCUCACUGCCGAACAACUCGGGCCAAAAGCUAACGACAAGGGCGAAUACAACCUGAUCGACAUGCCAAAUAUCAAACUCAUCCGUAGCGGCCAAGGCGCAACCAAGAUGGUCAGUCGAUCAUCUCGAUUUACCCGGUGUGCACUGCCCGAUGGAGACGCUGAUGAGAUCCGGACCACAGGAGCGUUUCCCUCUCUCGGUCGCGUACCUGACUUCGAUCGGAGAAGAACUGGACUCGCGCGACUUUGGAGGGCAGAACUCGAAGAAGGGUCGAGGUUCAAAACGUCAACGCCAAGGCGACGCCGAAGUCUUUGUUGCCGUCGAUGACUACGAUCAAGAACCCGAGCCUGAACCGGCUUCGCGAACUUUCGUCCCGGAUAUGGCACAGACUCGUCCGCUCGAGAAGAAGAAGCUGAACUGGCAAGGGAAGCUUUACAUGCCCGCACUCACCACCGUCGGUGCGCUGCCCUUCCGUCGUUUGGCCGUUUCGUACGGGUGCGACAUCACCGUGGGUGAGAUGGCACUUGCUCAGGAGUUGCUGUCAGGCAACUCGAGCGAGUUCAGUCUUCUCCGAAGGCAAGUUGGAGUUCAUAAGUCGCUGUCCUUUGCCCCGCUUACGAACUUGAUUCGGCAUCUUCGUAGACACCCAAGCGAAAAGGAGUUUGGUGUGCAAAUCUGCGGCUCACGUCCACAAACCAUGACCAUGGCGGCCGAGGCAAUCGUACAGCAUUGCGACGUCGACUUCAUAGGCGAGUCCAGAGACCUUCCUAUACUUGCUUGUUGGAGCAAUGGCUAAUGGAAAAGUUCUGCCAACUCGCAGAUGUGAAUUGUGGAUGUCCCAUCGAUCUCGUCUUCAACAAAGGAGCCGGUUCGGCCUUGCUCGCGCACGCGAACAAACUAGGUAAAUGCCUCGUCGGGAUGAAUCGUGUGCUCGGGGAGAUCCCCGUAUCGCUCAAAAUCAGGACGGGUGUGGCGGCGAAUUCCCCUACGGCGCACAAGUUGAUGCCUCGGUUGCAGAAGGAAUGGGGCGUCAGUGCUAUUACGAUGCAUGGCCGAUCGAGGGCUCAGCGCUACUCGAAAUUGGCGGACUAGUGAGUGCCUGUUGGAUCGGAUAUUUCUGCUGUAUUAUAGCUCAUUUAUGGUUCUCUCUACGCCUCCUUAUGACAGCGACUACAUCGGAGAAUGCGUCAAAGUGCUACGCGACACCGCGAAGGAGGACAACCUCGAGCCGAUCCCCUUCUUUGGCAAUGGUGAUGCAUACGAUUGGCGAACCUAUCAUGAAAUCCUCGAGGCGACCAAGGCGGACGGUGUCGCGAUCGCGCGUGGGGCACUGAUCAAACCUUGGAUCUUUACGGAGGUGAGUUGAGGGUGUUUUGUGGCUCUACAAGGAGGUCUCUUUGGGAAGCAACGGUACUGAUCCUGCAUUGCGGCUUCUGGUCCGGCAGAUCAAGGAGCGUCGCGAUUGGGAUAUUAGCGCCACCGAGCGACUCGAAAUGAUCGGCAAAUUGACUGAUUUCGGACUGGAGCACUUCGUGAGUUUGGCUUGCGCGAACACAUUUCUACGCUUGACGAAUCAUCGUUGAUCCCCUGUCCUCGCCGCAAGGGUUCGGAUCAAAUUGGCGUCAACCAUGUCCGCCGCUUCGUCUGCGAAAGUCUCAGUUUCACUCACCGAUACGUCCCCGUGGGCCUGCUCGAGAAAUUGCCUGCCAAACUCAACGAACGACCGUUGCCUUACAAGGGGAGGAACGAACUUGAGGUGCGUGGACAACCUUCUAUUAUAGAGGGUGGUUGUUUGUUGAUCUUGCUUUGCUGACAUCGCUUUUCAUCUCGUAGACCUUGUUGGCGAGUGAGCAAUCUAGUGAUUGGGUCAAGAUUACCGAGGUGAGUCUCUGGCUCUUCUCAUGCUGAUCGUCGUCCAUCAGCUGAUCCUUGGGUUCUCGUGAUAGAUGUUCUUGGGGCCCGCACCUUCGGAUUGGAGUUUCAAACCCAAGCACAAGUCCAGCGCGACGGGACAGGAAGCGGAUGCUCAAGGCUAG